CAGGGACGCCGUCCAAAACCAACAUGGAUCUUUUGGAAUUCACGCAGGAGAUGGGUCUUUUGGACGAAGAUCUGUUCAGGUUUCUUUGUGGCAGGGCCCUCCGGGAGCUCAGGGAAUGCAGUACAGGGUAUUUAGAGCUCCACCGACGAUUCAUUCGAGUCUUGAGACGGUAUUACGACGUGUUUGGUGUAUUUCAGGAAGCACAGUUAGAUCAGGACCGGCAGAUAUCGGCAUCAGACCAUCGCGAUCGCUACUCUUUCUUGCCUGCCCCUGCCAUAGCCGAGCCGACCCCCUCAACGUAUCAGUCGGUUCUUUCAGGACACAGUGCUCGUGCUCGAUUGGACAGUGUCAGCAGCAAACGGAGGUCUCGCAGUUGGAGGCACGAGGAGGGGAUACCCAGAGGAUAAGCCGCUUGCGCACGGGGGGAGGGGGGAGGGGUUUUCCCUCCCAGAGGAAGAGAACUUGUCGAGAGCUCUGUGAUCCUGGAGCGAAACAAAAGUCAAGACCUGGGAGAAUAACCGUGUUGAGCCUCAAGGGCGCUUGGAUGGUUUCAAUAAAUCAAAACGAUGUGGACAUGACAUAUUCUAAUCAGCGACGAUGCUGGCGGAUGAAAAUUAGAGCAGCAGCAGUAGCGGCAGAUGGAGCAGAAGCAGUGGAAGUAGUAGUGGCAGUAGUAAUAGUAGUGGUGGUGGUGAUGGUGGAGGAGGAGGAGGAGGAGGUGGUGGUGAAUUGAUUCCUCUUCAGUUUAGGAAAGCAAUGGUUUUGAUACGUAGGCACAUCAACAUCGAGGACGAACUGGGCUGAUCCCUUGACGGCAUAAAAGUCUAGGGAGGUUCUUUUUUCUCUAAAAGAAAGAAAAUAGCUAGUUAGG